AACAAAAAAAAGGGUUUUGUUCUAAUUUGGGAGAGAGGAGAUGGAGGAAGAGUUGCUCUCCGCCGUGCCUUGCUCUUCCCUCGCCGUCGAAUCAGUUAUCCGUGUCGCGACGGCCGGUGGAUUAUAUGGGUUUUGCGCCGGACCUCGUGAUGCACGUAAAAUAGGUUUAAGCGGCGUAUCUCAGGCUUCCUAUGUGGCCAAAUCCAUUGGCAGAUUCGGAUUUCAGUGCGGUCUUGUAAGUGGUGUUUUUACUAUGACGCAUUGUGGGCUUCAAAGAUAUCGAGGCAAGAGUGAUUGGGUGAAUGCUUUGGUUGGAGGAGCUGUGGCUGGAGCAGCUGUUGCUAUUAGCACAAGAAACUGGGCUCAUGUUGUUGGCACAGCUGGACUCGUGUCUGCUUUUAGUGUUUUAGCUAAUAGCACCAGGACUGAGCCUAAACAACACUAACUUAAAGGUCUCGCAGACAAGUCCAUUGAUAAGACACCUGUGUCUUGGGUAUUGGAACGUAGAAGAUCAUACCGUGACUCUCUGGUUCACUCGAAUUUAGGUGACUGAAGCAGUGGAGGAAUGUUAGGGCUUUUCUAUGUACCGCAGUUUUGGUCUUGCCUCUGUAUACAUGUUCUCCCAAUGAAACACACACACGAAGUCUGUCAAACCCAAAACCGCAUUUGCAGUAGUUGCUGAUUAAGUGUGGAAUAGACUGAAUGAAUAGUGUAUAAUGUUCUGCAAAGAUAUUUUGGUCAUAAAAAUAAAACAUCAAAACUGAUUUUUUAACAGCCAUUGUUAGCUGAA